AGCACGGCGUCGGCGGCGCCCGUGGCGAAAGUGCGGCUGCGGAAGCGGCGAGACGGUCGGUGGCGGAGGAGGAAGCGGAGGGAGACGGCGGGAGCCGCCUGGCCAGGGGGACGCCAUGGGCCGCCUGCACUGCAGGCAGGACCCCGUGCCGGAGGCGGUGGGCGGCGACAUGCAGCAGCUGAAUCAGCUGAGCGCGCAGCAGUUCUCCGCCCUGACAGAAGUGCUUUUUCACUUCCUAACUGAGCCAAGAGAGGCCGAAAGGUUUAUGGCUCAGCUCUCUGAAUUUGCCACCACCAAUCAGAUCAGUCUUGGCCCCCUCAAAAGCAUCGUGAAAAGCCUCCUUCUGGUUCCAAAUGGUGCCUUGAAGAAGAGUCUCACAGCUGAGCAGGUCCGGGCUGAUUUCGUAACUUUGGGUCUCAGUGAGGAGAAAGCCACUUACUUUUCUGAAAAGUGGAAGCAGAAUGCCCCCACCCUUGCUCGAUGGGCCAUAGGUCAGACUCUGACGAUUAACCAGCUUAUAGAUAUGGAGUGGAAAUUUGGAGUGACUUCUGGGAGCAGCGAGCUAGAAAAAGUAGGAAGUAUUUUUUUGCAACUAAAGUUGGUGGUUAAGAAAGGAAAUCAAACUGAAAAUUUGUAUAUAGGGAACCUCCACCACCUAUCUCCCAGGACACCUGUUAGAUAUUCAGCGAGGCCAUUGCAUCUCAGACUCGGGGAGGAAAUAAGUGAGUCACCACCCCAUCAAAAUUCCAGGGUGAACAGAUGGUGCUGUCACUAAAGAUAUGCGCGUACCUCCCUCCUCCCCGCAAAGCUGGGGCUUGUUUAUGGCUGAGGAGGAGGCCGCUGACUCUGUGAGUAACAGACACGUGGGGGAGCCCCCAGCAAGAUUUCUACACUUUAUGACUGUGGUGGUGGUGCUCUGCUCAUCAGUUCUUAGUGAGGCAUCUGUAUGUAAAAACGUGUUCGGUCUACAGUGAAAAGAACUGAGGCUGAACUGCCUUCAUUCCUGGUUUUGCCCUGUUGUGUUGUAAUGAGGCCGGUCUUUGGGGGGCUGUUUUAGCUUGUUUUGGGUCAAGCUGACCACCUUUGUUGGUUAGAUGAUUGAUAAAAAUGGCUCCAGAGAAAAAUUCUGCAUCCAGCUGUUUUUCUGUGUGGAUGAAAGAGUCCUCUGCCUUGCAGAGAGCUAAUGCUCUGCUCUUCAGAAAUCACAUCCUUGGUUUGGGUGGCGGCCCUGGGUCUUCAGUGAAAUUAGCUUUUUUGGUCCGACGUAGGAUUUUGAGCAGUUCUGGGGAACCUCAGGUUAAAAACAUGAAAAGCAGAGCAUAUCUCUGCUUUGUGUUCAGAUGACCUUAGCCCCCACCCUAGCGCUUAACUUCCUCCUACUUCUCCUCUCAGAAAUUAAAAGAAUUUGGGAAUAGGUAGUAUGUACCCAUGAUGCAAAAGGUGCAGUUAAAGUAAUUCCUUGUCACACCUUCGUUUUCCGGUUGCCUGGUUCCCCUCCCCAGAGUCAAGCACUGUUGCUGGUUUAUUCUGUGUUCUUCUGCAGAUAUUCUAUGCAUUUGCAAAUACAUACGCACAGAGUUUGACGUUUCCCCGCCCCACGCACACGGGGCAGCACACUGCGCACAUGCAGUCCUGCACCUUGCUUCUUCCCACUUAACUUGGAAAUCACGUCAUAACAGAAAGCAACCUCACUGGAAACACAUGUGCUGUGUUCCUUCAAAUGGACGGUUUACUUAACCAGUUCCCUACUGAUGGGUGUUUAAGUUGUCUCUAUUCUUUUUCUCUUGUAAGAAGCACUGCAGCUGAAUGUUUUUGUAUGUGUGUCCUUUUGCAUGCAUGGAAGUACAUUUAUAAGGUAAAUAUAUGGGUGGGGAAUGGCUGGGUCAAAGAAUACGUUUAUCAAAGAGCAUUAAAAGGAAUAAAGCGAGAAGGUCCCUCUG